CGGGACGAGAUGGAUAUAAUGGCAUAGCAAGAGUAAGCUCAAAUGUCCAUUCUUCUGUCAACGGCCGUCUGAAGCUGACGUAAUCAUCUGGAAGCUGAUAUCAUCAUGGACAUUGACUUAUGGGCCUCAAGGGUCCGCUCUGCUAAGCACUUCUCUGCUGUCCAAGCUUCUCGCCUCAACUCUGAUAAUCAGUCCAUAGUUGAUGAUUCAGAAGGUGAUGAUGAUGCAAAAGCUUGCUUUCCAUGUCCCUUCUGUUAUGUUGAUAUUGAAGUACAUUUGGUCUGUAGCCAUCUGCAGGAAGAACAUUGCUUUGACUUGAAGAAUGCAGUCUGUCCACUAUGUGCAGCAAAUCUUUUGAAAGAUGCCACUGAACAUUUCAUUGUGCAGCAUACUAGUUUAUUAAAGCGCAGGAAAAGAUUUGAAAAAUCUGGUUUGUGGAAUGGUGGUUCAGCAAUGCUUAGCAAGGAAUUAAGCUCAUUUCUUGGAACUUCAACAAUUGGUAGAGGGAAUGCACAUGGAUCUGUAUCAGAUCCACUCCUAUCUCCGUUUCUUAGAAAUGCACCUCUCUCUGACAGUAAAGUGACACAGCAAGAUGAUUCUUCUGAUGAGGUCUCAGUGGUUUCUGAUUCGAAAAGGGAGCCAACAUUGGUAGAUGAAGGUCAUGAAGAGGAGAUUGAAGAGAGAAAGCAGAGAGCAACAUUCAUUCAACGGUUGAUCCUCUCAACCGUGUUCUGAGUUUGAAGUUUCCGAUACUGGUGCAUGAUUUUAGGAAGUGAAAUGGUUUCUGUAUGAGGUUUCCAGCAUGUAGUUCUGGAAAUGAUGGCCUAUGAAUGCUAAGCUUUAUGAAUGUAUUAAGUCUAUAUAUUUGUAGCCAAUUGGCUACGUUAUAGGGUGUCUAAGAAAAUUAAGGUAUACAAUCUUGAAGUUAGUUAA